CUCAUAACCUACAGCAGCCCAGGAACACGGUCCCUGACGACACAGACUGCAGACUGCUGCACAACCCUGACUGACCUGCUAGCUGGUACUCACUACACUGUUGGAGUCUCCACUGUGCUGGAUCAUGGAGGAGAACACAGUGAACCUGCCUCUACAACCAUCAUCACUGGAUGCCAGGAUGGAGAACGAGCCUGCCCUGCCUGACAGCCUGGUGCUGGACGAGCCUGCCCUGCCUGACAGCCUGGUGCUGGAGAUCUUCCUGCAUCUCCCCCACAGCGCUGUGCUGAGCGCCGGUCUGGCCUGCAGACAGUGGCUGAACGUGUCCAGAGAUGAGUUCCUCUGGAGGGAACUCUUCUACAGCUACUACCGCAUCCCACGCUCCGUACCCAGACACCCAGCGUCCGUGUCGUGGUACCGGGAGUUCAAGCGGCUGUUUGACUGCAUCCCCUGUGAGGAGGUGCAGACCCUGAGGGAACACCAUGACCAGGUGCUGCACCUGGCCUUCUCUCACAGAGGACAUCGCUUCUCCUCCUGCUCCAAGGACUGCACCGUCAAGCUGUGGGACACGGAGCGUCCUGAUGGGAACAUCACGCUGGUCCACAGCUGCAGCAUGCGCCAGUUUAACUGGGGCUACACCCAGUUCUCCCAGUUCAACGCUGAUGACACCCUGCUGCUGGUGUCGGGGGUCUACCUGGGCCCGCACCACUCCUCCUCAGGGGAGAUCGCCGUCCUCAGCCUGGACAACUACACGCUUCUGUCUCGCGUGAGGAACAAGCCGUACGACGUGUUUGGCUGCUGGCUCAACGAGACCCACCUGAUCUCAGGGAACCUGCACUGGAUAGGAAACAUGACCUCCUGCUCUGUGCUCUGGCUCAACAAGGCCUUCCAGGAUAUCGAGUCGGAGAACGUGAACGUGGUGAAGCGUUUGUUCAAGAUCCAGAACGUCAACGCCAGCACCAUCAGAACCGUCAUGGUGGCACACUGCCGUCGCCACGACACCCCGGACCUCCUCCUGGACUACGAGGCCCAGUCCCAGGCCCGCUCCGCCCCCCUGCUGUUCGACCUGGGCACCCCCGACAGUGAGGAGGAGGAGGAGGGGGGGCGUCCCAGGGAGGUGAGGGGGCGACAGGCGUACCCAUCGGCCCCAGGGCUGGAGCAUGUCAUCCAGGUAGGAGGGGGGGGGGGGGAGGGGGGGGAGAUAGAGCUGGAGGCCAAGGUGGUCCGGAUGAUGAGUCGUGCUCGCACCAAGCCCCUGGACACCUCCCUCAUCACCCCCUCUGCCCCUGGGGAGGGAGAGGACAAGACCUACCUGCUGUUCACCACCAGCAGCCUCACCUACUCCCCCCACCAGAUAGGCAUCAAGCGGAUCCGUCCGGACCAGAUGAGCACGAGCGGUCCUGUUCUGGGGAAGGAACGCAACUCGGACGAGUUCUUCGACUCUCUGGACCACGUGAUCGACAUCCACGGACACAUCAUCGGCAUGGGCCUGUCUCCAGACCACAGGUACCUGUACGUGAACAGCCGGGCGUGGCCGGCGGGCUGCGUGAUCUCCGACCCCAUGGCCCCGCCCCCCAUCGCCGAGGAGAUCGACCUGCACGUCAUCGACCUGAAGAGCCUUCGUGAGGAGAGGCGGAGCCUGCGGGCGCACCGGGCCUUCACGCCCAACGACGAGUGCUUCUUCAUCUUCCUGGACGUCAGUCGAGACUUCGUCGCCAGUGGCGCGGAGGACAAGCACGGCUACAUCUGGGACCGCCACUACAACAUCUGCCUGGCGCGCCUGCAGCACGAUGACGUGGUGAACUCUGUGGCCUUCAGCCCGGCCGACCAGGAGCUGCUGCUGUCUGCCAGCGACGACUCCACCAUCAAGGUGUGGCGCUCCCCUCGCAUGGUGCGCCUGGCGCAGACGCCCGCACGCCCCCCAAGGCCCCGGAACCUGCUCUCCUGGCUGGGCCGCCGAGGCAGCAGCCAGGCCAACGGGAAGCCUGGACCCAGUUAGACCAGACUGAGAGGGGAGUCUGGACCCAGUUAGACCAGACUGAGAGGGGGGGAGAGAGAGGGGGGCCUGGACCCAGUUAGA